GUCAGUUGUGGAGUUACAUAAGGAUGGAUGUUCCCUUGUGUCUGCGUAUUUUAAGUGUGUUUACUGAUGUAGUGAAUCUUAGAGUAAUGUUGUGUUGCUCUUAACGCGAAUGAGUGAGAAACGCAUCAGAAAAUGGUUCACUUCCUGACGUUUCGGUGAAUAAAAAAAAAAAGACACCAAGAUGGAACCUGAGAGGGAGGUGGUAGAGUGCAUGGGGACGUGGGAAGCGAGGGCAGCUGAGCUCUUCACAGUCUGCGAUCGUGAGUGCAAGGGAUUCAUCACCAAACGCGAUCUUCAGCAUCUGUGGGGGGAGCUUCCCUUGGAUCCAGAUGAACUCGAGUCUGUGUUCGAUUCCUUAGACAGAGAUCAAAAUGGCUUCCUAAGUUUGCAAGAGUUUACGAAUGGGUUUGGCUCUCACUUAGGGCUGGUGAUAGAGUUCCGGGCAGACUCUUCCAGCAGCGGAUCCGAGGGCGAACAGUUCAUAGAGGCAGGGGAGGUCAGUGGUGGUGAAGGUGGUGGUACUGAGGACUGCCAAUUAGACACUAUCCUGGCUCUCCUCGCCUCACAGGAUCUGGAUAGCAAUUCUGCGGUGGUGGAGGCAGUGUGGCAGCAGAUCUCGGGCUCCGGCGCCAGCAUGGAGAGGCUGGUGGCUGCUUUGCUACAGGAGCUCUCGAGGGUGAAACUGGAACACGGCCAUCUAGAGGCAGCACUGGCAACUAAGACGGAGCAGUUCAACCAGCAGGUAUCGCGGCUGUACGAGGAGUUGGAGGCUCAGAUCAGCGGCGAGCAGGUGAAGGCGGCACAGGAACAGAGACAGAGAGGCGCACGGGUACUCGCCACAUUAGAGGAGGAGGUAGCGGAGCGGGACGCGGCACUGAGGGCGCUGGAGGAGGAGCAGCAGGGCCUGAGGCAGCGGCUGGAGCAAGCGGCGGCAGGAGAGGUUGCGGCGAGACAAGAUAACCUACGCCUCGAACAGCAUCUGAAACGCUUGGAAGAGGACUUGAUGCGGCGGGAAGCAGAAGUAGAGGAACUAAUGCAGGCGCUUGACAUUCAUCGCAGGAACACCAAGAAUGAGAAGCGUCGUCGGGCACAACAAGCCUUCAAGGUCACGGAAGGAAUCGCCAGGGAGAGGGAGAGCUUGGUGACUCAACUGGACCUUCUACGCACCAUCAACACGCAGUUGAGGGAUGAGCAGGACCAGAUAAUGCCGUGGAGCUUUAGGGCGAGGGAAAGAGUGGAUCUUGUAGGAGGUGGAGAAGAAGAUAACUCCUCCCAGAGUCCACCUCCUCCUGAUCUGCGUGGAGUAGCCUGCACCAGUCCUCCACCCCGCCCGCUUGCUUCACUGCCGCUCUUCACCACCACUUCAUCCUUCCAUAGUAGUGUCGGGACGGCCAGUGACUACGAGCAUGACGACGACUACUUCUCGGACACGAAGGUCGAGGUGCAGCAGGAUUCUCCCUCUCCUUCAUCCCCCGGCGAGGUGAGCAUCCUGCAGGAGAUCCUAAGUCAGCCUGCCCUUUGUGUGGAGUGUGGCGGCGCCCUUCCUUCCCGUCCCGUGGAAAACUCAGCCGUAGGAACCUCCACAGCCCGCCCUCUGUUGUUGCGUCGCCAGGAGUCCUUCACUCAGACUUCGCCUACUGCUGAGACGUCUCCGCGCAGCAUCGAGACCUUGGUGAACACGCCUGACGAUGCCGGGGACAAAGAGGCAAAACAGACCAAAUUUGUGGGAGAAUGCUGCAACCCCGAGCUGCCGAAACCCUGCAUCUGUGACGGGCGCAUCAAGACAACCACCUCAUCUCCUCCCCAGUGGUACUCCUCGUCCCUGGUCAUCUUCCAGCCACACCUCGCCACCACACCAGCCAAACCCUUCCACACCACUACACCUGUCAAGCCCCUCCACACCACCACACACCUGCACAUGGUCCACCACACGCUGCACACCCAUCACACCCACCACACCUUCCACACCUCCUUCACUUACUUCCACCCUGACAUCAGCGCCACAGCCACACGCCACACCAAAUCCACGCAAAGUGUAGAGCACUACACACUACCACAGCGCCACACACCACCACAACAAACAACAGAGGAACAUGAUACUAAGCACCAACAGCACACCGCACCACGAAAACCCCUAAGAUCGAACAAUCACACGUCACCAUGUCAUCCCACAAUACCAGAGGAGCCUGUAGCAUCACAUCACAUAACACAGCACCACAGGACAUCGCAUGAAUCGUCACAGCAGUCACAGGAAGCAGAAUUGCAUUACAGCGAGGCAUUGAAACACAGAAAUACUAAAGACCACAGCGACACACAGGGAAAACAUAACAAUACACAGGGACAACACGAUGAUAGUAAAAAGCACAGCGACACAAGGGAAAAACACAGCGAUAGUAAAAAAUAUAGCAGUACACAGGAAAAACACAAAAAUAUUCAGGAAAAAUACUGCAAUACACAGAAAAAACACAGCGAUGUACAGGAAAAAUACAGCAGUGCACAAGAAAAACAUAGCAGUGCACAAGAAAAACAUAGCGAUGGUAAAAAGCACAGCAGUACACAACAAAAACACAGCGACAUGCAGGAAAAGCACAGCAAUACACAAGAAAAACACAGCAAUACACAAGAAAAACACAGCAAUACACAAGAAAAACACAGCAAUACACAAGAAAAACACAGCAAUACACAAGAAAAACACAGCACUACACAGGAGAAACAUGGCGAUACACAGGAAAAACACAACGAUAGUAACCAGCACAACGAUACACAGAAAAGACAAAGCGAAACACAGGAAAAACACGACAUUACUCAGGAACACCACAGUACUCAGCAACAUAUCACAGAACAACACAGCGGCGCGGAAAAAUGCUACUCUGAUGCCCUAGAACAACACAGAGCACAACAAAGCAUCACAGAAAAUCAACGCAAUGAUGUGAAACAAUACAUGGAGACACAGAAACAACACACAAAAAAACACAGUAACAUAAACCAAUACAGCAAUACACAAAAACAAGGCAAGUCUUCCCCAAAACAACAAAACCAAACAAACCAACACACCGACACGCAACAAGAAGACAAUAACAACACGCAAUGCAAAACACAAGAACAAAGCAACGUUCCCUUGCAACAAAAAAGCAACACAGAGCAACAAAUAGACCAAUACAGCACUAAACAACACAACACCGACACACAGGAACCCGUAAGACGAGGAAGCACUAACAACACAGAACAAACAGUCACUAACUCACAUCCACAACAUAUCAGCAACACUUUGCAAGCGCCCCUUACAACUAACCAGAGCAUACCCACAAUUGAGAACACAAGAAAAAAAAUCAGCGACACUGGAAGUGAAGUAACUGAAGGAGUCGCUGAAGAGGACACAGUUAAGGACAAGACCCUGAGCAGCAUACCAGAAGACUCAGAGCCUGAAGUAGCCACAUCUUCAUCCUCAUCACGGCAGGGGAACGCACUGAAUCCAAACGUGACCGUCACCAGUUUACUAGACAUCCGACGCAGUACCACAAGGAGAAACACGCCAACCGGAGUAGUCACGCCCCUUAGACACCACUUCCCUCUGGACGCCACUGCGGAAGAGCAACCAAGGACGAGAGAGGAGGUUCACGAGGACACGGAGGAAAGCGAGGCCUGUGCAACUCGGAGCCCCGCUGUGGAUGACCUUUACUGCCCCACCAGGAUGUUCAAAGUGGUGUUCAUCGGGGACAGUGGUGUUGGCAAGACGACCUUUAUUCAUAGAGCCUCGACUGGGGAGUACCGGCGAGACUUCGGCUCAACAGUGGGCGUGGACUACCGCACAGUGGAGGUGAGGGUGCCAGGUGUGGUGGCCGUGCUGCAGCUUUGGGACACCGCGGGCCAGGAGAGGUUCAGGUCUAUCACACGGCAAUACUACAGGAACGCAGACUGUGUGGUGGUAAUGUACGACCUCACCAGCGAGCACACCUUUCUGAACGUAGUGGACUGGAUCUCCUCCAUCAGGGAGGCAGGAUCUGAGGGUGUAAUGGUGGCGGUGGUGGGUAACAAGGAGGAUCUUGAAGACCAGCGUAGAGUGGACCUAAACGAGGCUAACAGACUGGCUAAGAGCCACAACUGCUACGUGUGUGAGUGCAGCGCCGCGAGAGGCUCCAGCGUGCAGGAGGUGCUAAAUGACCUCACCUCCCUCCUCAUGUCCGGUAACUCCCUGCAGGGGCCGCGAUCUCCCGUCAUCCUACUCAACCAGGCGCCGCGUCCCUCCAGAGCCUGCUGCAGGUCAUAGCUAUCGUUUACCGCCUGCUUAAGGUGUUUUAGGCAGGCCUGUUGUUGUAAAUAAUUUGGAGCCUCAAGGUGGUACGAUACAAUGGCUCUGUAUGUAUAUUGAGAGAGAGAGAGAGAGAGAGAGAGAGAGAGAGAGAGAGAGAGAGAGAGAGAGAGAGAGAGAGAGAGAGAGAGAGAGAGAGAGAGAGUGUGUGUGUGUGUGUGUGUGUGUGUGUGUGAGGACAAGCCUGCCAUCAGAAAACGGAUAUAUUACUAUAUAACUAUAUUACUAUAUAACAUUUACGUUCCAAAGAUUGUGAUACAUAUGCAUAAGAUAAAGUUCUUAGCUGUUCUCCAAAAAGAGAGGCAUUUGCAAUUUCAUUAUUAUUCUUAUUGUUAUUCCAAAGGCUAGAAGAAAAAGAAUAAUUGUUAAAGUCCUUCACCAAGAAGCCACUAAAACAAUUGGCCCUCGCAAGAAAACGGUGUGAAUGAGUAACGUAAGGUUUGUCAGGGUUUGUAUCCACGCUAUUUUUCUUUUUCUACUUGUUUGUUCAUCGGGUACCGAUAAGUAUAUUCAUUGUGUAUAAUGUAGUUCUUUAGUUGUGUACAGGUCUGAAAUGCUGAUCAUGCCAUUCACUCUUCGUAAUCGGAUGGUAAUGAAUUUGUAAUGAAAAAGAAGUUAUGUAUGAUAAACAUGAUAAACAUA